UCGGGGCCCGCACGAAAUUGGACGGCGCAUGCGCAGCGCACAGUGGGUUGAGGAGGUAAAACUGCGUAUUUAGGGUCUGCGGACGCUCAGGAAAAUGAUUGAGGUCGGUGCUAGUUGGCUGUGACUGCCCAUCACGACAUCAGCGCCCCAUCCGUGAGUGGUCGUUUUGGUGAGUCGCGGGAGGGAUGGACCAGCGAUGCUCGAGACACCCACAGGAAAGAAGAGCAAAAUCACCGAGACCUGUAUUCUCUGUGGCUGCGAACAAAUCAUUUAGCCGGAUUGAGCCUUAAUUCUUCUAGCUGGACUGUGGAGCUGACUGUUCAUAUCUGUUGAGCUGUUGAUGAGCUAGGCAGUGUGGUCAUAUGAAGUUGAACAUGGCAGAAGAAGAGGAUUACAUGUCAGAUUCCUUCAUUAAUGUUCAAGAGGACAUCAGACCAGGUGUGCCAAUGCUGAGGCAGAUCCGAGAGGCCCGUCGAAAAGAAGAGAAGCAGCAGGAAGCUAAUCUGAAAAACAGGCAGAAGAGUGUGAAAGAGGAAGAGCGGGAAAGACGUGACACCGGGUUGAAGAAUGCGCUGGGCUGUGAAAACAAGGGGUUCGCUUUGCUCCAAAAGAUGGGAUACAAGAGUGGCCAGGCUCUGGGCAAGAGCGGGGAUGGCAUUGUUGAACCAAUUCCUAUCAAUGUCAAAACAGGAAAGAGUGGCAUAGGUCAUGAGUCGUUACUAAAACGGAAAGCAGAGGAAAGGCUAGAAAACUACAGGAGAAAAAUCCACAUGACAACCCAAAAUGAAGAAAAGGCUGCUGAGCAGUUCCGGAUGCGACUGAAAAGCAAGCAGGAUGAGCUGAGGCUCGAAGGCGACCUGAGAAGGAGCCAGCGAGCUUGCCAGCAGCUGGACGCCCAGAAGAAUAUUCAGGUUCCCAGGGAGGCAUGGUACUGGAUAAGGCCUGAAGAGGAGACUGAGGAAGAGGAAGAGGAGGAGCAGGAUGAAGACGAAUACACGAGCGAGGAUUUGAGUGUGCUCGAGAAACUGCAGAUACUCACUGGCUACUUACGAGAAGAACAUCUGUAUUGCAUUUGGUGUGGGACAGCCUACGAAGAUAAAGAAGACCUAUCUUCAAAUUGCCCAGGACCAACCUCUGCAGAUCAUGACUGAGAUUGUUCCCAAUAAAGUAAAAACUAUUUA